AUGUUUAAUCAAAGUAUAGCCAGAGCUGCUGCUGCAGCGUCAUUACCUUCAAUAAAAGGUGGCAUACCAUUCAAUAUUUUAGAUGCAAAAUAUAUACAGUUUGCCUAUUCAAUUGAUGAGCUACAUGACCUAAUUAAAUACCUUGGGCUACUUAUUGAACAUCUAGAAGACCCCAAAGAUAAUAAUAAUAAUAAUAACGGUCACGAAGAAUCCAAUGUUAUACCGCUAAUUAACUACGUUUUGUGUUUUGGGAGUGGCUGGCUUUUCAAUGUUAAUCCUAAUUUAAAAAAAAGAAUAAGCUUAUUAUGCGAGGGCAAAUAUGUAAAAUUGCAACAUGUUGAUGUUAUAUUAAAUACAAAUUUAGUGAAUUUUCAUUACGUUUUUCCUUCAGUAGAGGCAAAUAUUAAAGAAUACAAAACCAAAAUAUAUAAUAAACAACAUCAAAUUAAAUUGGCAAAAAGUUUUUUGGAAAUAUGUCAGAACACAUUAGAAUUUUACAAUUUGAAAUUGAAAACCGUAAUUAUAGAAAGAUCUGCAAACAGAAUACCCGAUUCAAGUGGACGUCCUAUUCCCUUGAAAAUAGAUGUAAUUAAAAAUUUUAGCAAAACUAGCAUCUUUUCGUUAAGUAUGGAUUUGGCGGUUUUAAUUACUGAUCCACAGAAAGACACCACUGAUUCAUCCUUCCGUAAUUUAAAUUUACAAGUUUUGAAAAAAUUUUAUCAAAGUAUAAAAAAUCAUAUUAAGCUAAAAAUCGAUCCAUAUUAUACACAAUUAUCACACUUUUCUGGCAAUCCAAGAUCACAGUCUAUAGUGACUCAAUUAACACAUUGGGAAUUAACUUUCCAUAUAAUGUAUGCCUUUAUGUUAAACAUGUUACAUAUAGUAACGUUAUUAUCAUCAUUGCUCGAUCAAAUAUACAUACCCAACAAGGAAUUUUUUAAUAGCAAAUUAGUAUUGCUGUCAAGCGAAAAUAUUGAAGAAUACAAAAAUUUAUUGAAGAAUUUAGAAACAAAAGAACAUGUCUUGCAACUUGAAAAAAUACUAAACACUUUUUUAAAAGAUAAAAUAACAUUAUAUUUCCAAUAUAGUACUAUCAACGAUGUUUACAAAAAUUAUAUCAUUCAAUGCAGGGCUAUUUUGGAGAUUCAGAUUGAAAAUAUAGAAAGUUGGAUAAAGUGUUGGAUUUUUAUUGGUAAAGGUUAUGAAGAUGCCAAAAAGUUAUAUAAAGAUAUGCCUGAAGAAAGGCUGGACAACCUUAUUGAAGAAAGAUUAGUAAAUAAUAAACUAUUUGAUAAAGAGGGCAAUUGGAAUACAAGCAUUAACGCUGAUGCUUAUAAACGUCAACUUUUAAAAAGGAACUCUAAACCCGUUAACAGUAAAAUAGUAACAGACCCAUCAAGGCUUAAAAGUAAUAACAAACUAAAUGGUCUGACAAAAAAGGUUAUAGAACAGGCUAAUGGCACCAAGCUUUCAAGAACUUCUUCCAUUGAAAAGAUAGACAAUAAUGCGAAAGUAGCUUUAGAAGGAAACUCAAGAUCAAAUUCCAUCAAAAGACAGCGACAAGAAACACAGCACUUAACUAGACAGGAUCAGCAAUUCAAAACUACGAAGACAAACACUGGUACAGAAGAAAUGUUGUCAAAUGAACCCACCUUAAAAUCAUCAGAUGCCAAAAUUGCAGCACAGAAAUCACAUUUAAAUCAGAAAUCGCUUUCUGAUAAUAACACUAACAUCAAAACAGAUCCUAAACAGAGAACUACUGGUUCUAAAACAUCUUUGAAUAGUUCAUCAUCACCGGGGGUUUUGCAUAAUUCCUACGAUAAUUAUGUUACUAAGGAAGAAGGAUCUGAAGAAAAACAGUUAACUUUUUUGUUUAAAGAAUUAAAUGUCACGGAUACUAGUCCUAUUGAUCAGGAUUCAAUAGAUUACGAAGCACAAGGCGAGAAUUAUUCUACUGAAUCUCCAGAUAGGAGCUCAACUAAAACAAUAAUUAAAAAAGUUAGAUUUGCUGGAGUUCCACCAAUGUCUGAAAAUGAAGAUGUUAGGCCCACCAAGAAGGGCUGGUAUAAAAAACCAGCAGUAUUACACUAUCCAUCACCUUCUCCACAAAUUGCUCUUUUAAAUCUAAGAAAUAGGAAAAAAUUGGUAAGGCAGGAGGAAGGCUUCACAUUUAGAACUAGUUUAAGGGGUGACUAA